AUGCCGCUUCCCCCAACGAAGACCCCAAGGACCAGCUCUGCCCUGGCCAAAGGGAAACGGGGACCGGGUCAGGCUCUGCGCACCUACCUGCUGGGAGGGGACCUGCCCGCCCCCGCCCCAGCGCUGCUCCCACCCCUGGACGCCUACGGGGUCCCUGACCCGGAAGCUCUGCCGCUCCCGCUUUUCACCCCAGCCCAGGGGGGAGCUCCCCACGAGCUUCGGGAUGCCGCGGGGGACCCUUCCGGGUCCAGACGCCCCUUCCGAAGGGAGCUCCAACAGCCCGGCGGUGGGGUGGGGGAGCCACGGCCCGCCGGCGCCCACACCCUCAGUCUCGCUGACCCCUCCCUGUGCCCCCUCAGGAUGCCCACCAGUGUGGUGGCCACAGCCUUCCGAGAGCCCCGGAAGUUCCCCUGGUGGGCCUCCCACCCCAGAUUUGAUGAUGCCCUAGUCCGCUGUCCUCCUGCCAGCUCUCAGCUUGAGGGGCCCGACGGGGACGACCCCACAACAGCCUGGCGUGGGAGCACUGCCGUCAGCGACAACUGGAGGCGGGAGCCUGCGGCCUCGCUAGUUUAUGACUGUAGGGUGACCCAAACAUCUUCUCUCCUGAAGCUGCCCCCCCUGCUGUGGGAGGGGCAUGUAGGCAGCAGGACUCUGCGGAGCCUCCCCUCACCCGGCCCGGGGGACCACUCGGGCCAGCAGGACCCCGAACCCCGGGGUCUGUGCCUCGUCCAGACCACUCCAAAAUGGGAAGGUGACCAGCACCAGCCCAACAACCGAUGUGCGGCCCACCGGAAUGGGCAGGCGCUCGCUCCCUUGGGGCGCGCAGGAAGGGCGUGUGGAACUCUGCAGGCCUCCCUGAGGGGACCCGCCCGCACUCUACCUGGGGCGCCCCCGGCUGACCGAGCCAAGCCCACCCCACCCCCACACACCUGCCGACAACCGCGCCUGCUCAGAGCCCACAGCUACCCUCCGGGCGGACUAUGUCUGCCCCACAACAGAGGGACCCCGUGCUGGGCCAAGUUCCAGGCACCCCCAGCCACGGCCUCCCUGAGCCACGUGAGCCCCCAGAGAGCCCCCCGCCCGCGCUGGGGUGCCCAGCGGCUCGGCGGCCCACCACCCCCGCCUCCCCCGCCACCCAAACGCCCGACACACCAGCCCCCCCAGCUCUCGCUGCGGGCCCCGCCCCAAAGCACGUCCCCCAGCCGGGCUCCAGCUGCCGACCCCCGACCCCCGGCCUCGCGCGCCUCGUCCCCACUCCCGUGGCUCCGGGCGCGCUACCAUGCCAGCGGACCCCACUCACUUCUCUUCUCGGCGAGACCAUCCGAUGCCCUGCAGUGCAGACUCCACGAAUUCCCGCCGUGGCCGCAGCUUCCCGAGCUCGGGAACCCGGAGGCGCCCUCACAGCCCCGCGCCUGA